CCAGAACUCAGUGCGAAACUUCUAUCUGCCAUCACAGAUGACCCCGAUAUCAAACAAGGCCUAUUCCCCUCACCUGGAGCGAAUCCGAGAACACGUGGAAAGACAAAAGCAGCCUACCAUUUAGCGCUGUGUGUCAUACUGUUCGAAGAAGAUGCAGAGUACAAGUUACCAUUCUCGCAAGCUGUGACUCCAAAACAGAAACAGACCUGGGCUAACAAGAUAAAAAACCGAAUAAAGAGAAUGUCCGAGAUUACACGAAAAUACAUGGAGGAGAUGGGUGAGACGGGUGCCGGCAUAACUUGUGAAGAUGAAAUCAACAUGAAUGUCAAAAAUGUGUUCACAACUAAAUGGGAAAUCAUCAAGGAGGUGUGCCCUUGGUUUUUUGAGAUGCGUGAGCUCAUUGCGGAGUGCCCAAACCAUGUUCCUGUCGGUCUCGGCAAUAGCGCAACAGGCUUUGACAUGACUGUCAUUACUGCUGGCUCUGAAUUUGAACCAAGCAGUGGGAUUGAAGACUGGGAUUCUGACACAGUGGGUAACGAGGAUUUUCGAGACCUUUCUGAAGGUGCCACUGAAGAGCUGGACAACAAAAAUACAUUCGACUCGAGCACAAUGUACUCACUAAAACGGAAGGCCUCAAUGAGUAGUGAAACACGAGACCAAGGCCUGGCAACUCCAAAGACAGGGCCACAACCAGGAAUAUCAAAGCCAGCUACACGAGCCCCAAAGAACACAGUCAAGAAGCCGAAGAAAGAUGAAUUUGUUGAGCUUGUACAGGCUGAGGAAAUGACGAGGCAGAAAGAGCUUGAUUUGGCGAAGGCAAAGGCAGAAAAGGAUACCGUUCGGGCCAAAAUCAAGCUGGCAAAGGUUGAGUUAGAGAAGGAAAAAUUGGCAGAUGCACGAGAACAACGACGUGAGAAGGCUGAAAGA